AUGGCAAAAGCAAAAAAACCCGGAAGCGGUCUCCUCACGCGAUCAAGAUCUAUUACUGGAAAGAGCGCUUUAACGAAACAAAAGACAUUGAAACCAGAACAUACUAGACAAAUAAUUCGACGGUUUCACGUUCUACAAAAAAGCAAGCACAAGAUCUUAACAAAAUUGGGGAUCAGUCCAGGUUUUUUCGGAGAGAGUUAUGACAAACUAAAAAAAGACAAUUUGUAUCAGGCUGAGUUCAAAACGUUCAAAGUUCCCGCCAAAUACAGCGACAAUGAGGUGUACCGAAUAGACAACAGGCUAACUAAAUCUGAUUUGAUCAGAAUCCUAGCAAAGAUUGAUUCAGAAAUUGAGCAAAGAGGUGGCAUAGAGGUUUACCAAUGUGCUUCAACUCAAGGUCAAACUGGUAAAAGAGGAGGAGACUCAUCGAAGAAGCUUAUUGAGUGGUUAAGAGAUGAAAACUACAAAUCGAGGUUGUCAAAUGUAAAUGCUUUGGAAAUCGGAUGUCUCAGUCCACACAAUGUCAUCUCAACAAGUGGGAUUUUCACCUCAGUUUGCAAAAUUGAUUUGAAUUCACAGGAUCCCGCCAUUGAACAACAAGAUUUCAUGAAGCGACCUUUGCCCACAACUGAAUCAGAAAAGUUCAAUUUGAUCUCUUGCUCCCUUGUGAUAAAUUUCGUUCCUUCUCCAAAGGAAAGAGGAGAUAUGUUGGUUCGAAUCACGGAAUUUUUGAAAUCACCCAAAAAUGAAACUUUGAGCAGUUUGUUUCUUGUACUACCAUUACCAUGUGUAAAGAAUUCACGCUAUUUCAAUGGCGAUAGGCUACACAAUAUCAUGUCGUCGUUAGGGUUUACACAGACGUUUUUUUACGAAGCCAAGAAAGUGGCAUAUUGGCUAUUUGAUUGGAACGGCAAAGUGGUUGAAGAUGUAAAAUUCCCCAAAAUGGAACUACAAUCUGGAUCGCAACGAAAUAACUUUUGCAUCACCUUAUAA